AGUAUACUUUGAUCGGAGCGAAUGCAAUGUUAUAUAUAUACACAUUUCAACACGUGUUUGUGUACAUAGCACGAUGGGUAAGAAGAGGAAAUUUGAAAACAAGGAAGACGAACACGAAUUUGAUCCAGUGCCCAAGCAUCUUGAGGUGGCUCACGUUAAAAACCAAGAGAAGAGGUUGAUUGUAAUUUUAGAAGGAGCGCAACUGGAGUCUGUGAAGGCAGGAAAUACAUUUGAACUUCUAAAUUGUGAUGAUCAUGCGCAUAUACUCAGAAAGCACAACAGAGAACCUGGAACUUGUAGGCCAGACAUCACACAUCAGUGUUUACUCAUGUUGCUGGAUAGCCCACUCAACAGGGCUGCACUCCUUCAGGUGUACGUGCAUACAGAGAAGAAUGUUCUGAUAGAAGUUAAUCCACAGACGAGAAUACCCAGGACAUUCAAGAGAUUUGCUGGUUUGAUGGUGCAGCUGCUACAUAGAUUUAGUGUGCGAGCAUCAGACAGCCCCAUGAAGCUGUUGAAAGUCAUACGCAACCCUGUGACAGAUCACCUCCCUGUCGGCUGUCGUAAGGUGGGGACUUCAUUUUCAGCUGACAGAAUAGUACAUCCCCGUGAGCUUGUGCCAGAUAAUGAACCGAUAGUGGUGGUUGUUGGUGCUAUGGCCCAUGGAAAGGUGAAUGUGGACUACACUGAGGAUACAGUAUCAUUUAGUAACUAUCCGUUAUCUGCAGCUCUUACUUGCACAAAGUUAUGCUCAGCAUUUGAAGAAGUCUGGGGUGUUACUUAAUAUUGUCUGGGCAUGUGCUGUGAGAAACUGUAUCUGUGCAGUGCGUGUAAUGUGCACUUUAUUUAAUUGCCUUAGUGUAAAUAAAAGUAUUUGAAAUGUU